AUGAGUUCUUCGUCUUCCUCUUCUUCUUCUUCUUCUCGUAAGAAGAUUCUGGAUUCAAGAUUUGCCAUCGGACGAAAAGAAGUUAUAAGAAUCUCGAUUCUACUUCUUGUUUUUACUGCUUCGUGUCUCGUUUUAUACAAAAUAGUUCAUCCUCUGCAACGACUCAAUCUCACCUCUCUUCUCUCUUCUAAAUCUCGACCAUCAGAUCUCAACUCGUCAGAGAUCUCUCUAGAAACAACAGAACAGAAGAUCAUUUUGAAGGAGAUUUUGGAGAAAGCGUCGACUAAAAACAAGACAGUGAUUAUAACGACAUUGAAUCAAGCUUGGGCAGAGCCAAAUUCUAUAUUUGAUCUCUUCUUAGAGAGCUUUCGUAUUGGACAAGGAACACAGCAGCUUCUAAAACAUGUAGUUGUGGUUUGCUUGGAUCCCAAGGCGUUUGAACGAUGCUCACAGGUUCAUUCCAAUUGCUACCAAAUUGAGACCUCAGAUGCUGAUUUCUCUGGCGAUAAAGCUUACAACACUCCUGAUUAUGUCAAGAUGAUGUGGCGCAGAAUCGAGCUUCUAAUACGAGUUCUCGAAAUGGGUUUUAACUUCAUAUUCACGGACGCAGAUGUAAUGUGGCUUAGAGAUCCAUUUCCUCGGCUAUAUCCAGAUGGAGAUUUUCAAAUGGCGUGUGAUAAAUUCUUCGGAAAUCCACAGGGUUUAGACAAUUUGCCAAAUGGAGGUUUUGUAUACGCGAAAUCGAACAAUCGAAGUAUUGAGUUUUACAAAUUCUGGUACAAAUCACGUUUGAAGUGGCCAUGGUUACACGAUCAAGAUGUGUUCAUCCAAAUCAAGAACGACCCUGUCAUCUCUGAGAUUGGAGUCCAGAUAAGGUUCUUUGAUACGGUCUAUGUUUGUGGGUUUUGUCAACCGAGCACAGACAUAAACUUGAUUUGCACAAUGCAUGGCAAUUGUUGCCUUGGCACGGAGAAGAAGCUUCAUGAUCUGAAUCUUGUUCUUGAUGAUUGGAGAAAAUAUAUGUCUUUGUCGAGACAUGUAGAGAACACGACUUGGAGUGUUCCUAUGAAGUGUUUGGAGAGGUGA